AUGUCGGAAAAUAACAAUCGCGAUCAUCAGCUUUCAUGGUGGGAAAAGGUGCUCCUCAGGAUCUUAUCGUAUGGUCCUGAAAUCCGUCAUUUGGCUGUUGUGAUGGACGGAAAUCGUCGCUAUGCGAAGAGACAGAAUAUGAGCACACAAUUGGGCCAUAGGAAGGGCGGCAGGAACUUUGGACGCAUUCUCAAGAUGGUACAAUCCGUAGGAAUUCAGGAAGUCACAGUUUAUGCCUUCAGUGUGGAGAAUUUCAACAGAAACCCGGCAGAAGUGCGUGCAAUCCAGCAAACUCUGGAAUAUUUCGCCAAUGAAGUUCUGGAUGGUCGCGAAAAUAUCCUUAAGGGAAUCAAAGUGAGGUUCAUCGGUGAGGUUCACAUGCUGAGUGAAGAGUGCCAGAAGUGCUUCCAAAAGCUGAUGAAGGCCACGGAGGAGAACAGUGAUUUUCUAUGCAAUAUUGCUGUUGCUUACGCUUCGCGUGUUGAGAUCACGAGAGCCAUUAAGAAUGCCGUGCAGAAUCCAAAGACACUGUCUGAAGACGUGGAUCAUGAGGUGCUGGAGGAGUUUCUCUACAUUCCCAAAGGACGACCGGUGGAUUUGUGGCUCAGGACAUCCGGAGAGACGAGAUUCAGUGAUUUUCUUACAUGGCAAAGUGACAAAGCUGUUAUGCACUUCAGUCCAGUUCUGUGGCCGGAAUUUGGUGCUUGGGAUCUGUUGAAAGGGAUUUUGCAGUACUCCAGAAGCCACUGA